CUAUGGUUUGGUGGCGGGGGGAGGGGCGCGUAGGGCGGCCGCGACAUGGCGGCACACCUGAAGAAGCGGGUGUACGAGGAGUUCACCAAGGUGGUCCAGGUGAGCGAGGAGAGCUCCGAGCUCUGUAGGGUGAUACCGCAGCAGCAUGAGGACCUGUCUGCUAAGAAACUGCGGCUGACCAAGCCCAGCAAGUCAGCAGCGCUCCACGUCGACCUGUGUAAAGCCACCUCGCCUGCAGAUGCCUUGCAGUACCUGCUGCAGUUUGCCAGGAAGCCUGUGGAAGUGGAAAGCGUGGAAGGGGUUGUCCGAAUUCUGCUGGAGCAUUAUUAUAAGGAGAAUGAUGCUUCUGUAAGACUGAAGAUUGCUUCCUUGCUGGGUUUGUUAUCGAAGACUCCAGGAUUUUCCCCAGACUGCAUUGUGGAUGAUGCCAUUAACACACUUCAGAAUGAGAAGUCUCACCAAGUCCUUGCUCAGCUGCUGGACACCCUGCUGGUGAUUGGCACAAAGCUCCCAGAGAACCCAUCUGUCAGGAUGAGGCUGGUGGAGGUAGCUUGCAAGCACCUGACAGAUUCUUCCCACGGUGUAAGAAAUAAGUGUCUUCAGUUAAUUGGCUGUCUUGGACCGGUGGAAAAAGGUGUUGCAAAAGAAGCUGAAAGCCAGGCUGCCAAAGAUGUCCAGAAGAUCAUAGGAGAUCAUUUUAAUGACCAGGACCCUCGUGUUAGAACAGCAGCUAUAAAAGCCAUGCUUCAGCUUCACGAGAGAGGACUGAAACUGCAGCAGGCCAUUUAUGGUCAGGCUUGCAAGCUGUUGGCAGACGAUUAUGAACAAGUGCGCAGUGCUGCAGUUCAGCUAAUUUGGGUCCUCAGUCAACUGUACCCUGAAAGCAUUGUCCCCAUUCCUUCUUCUAAUGAAGAGAUUCGGUUGGUUGAUGAUGCGUUUGGGAAAAUUUGCCACAUGGUUAGCGAUGGUUCCUGGGUUGUGAGAGUACAAGCUGCCAAGUUAUUGGGUUCUAUGCAACAAGUGAGCUCUCAUUUCUUAGAGCAGACCCUUGACAAGAAGCUCAUGUCAGAUCUGCGGAGGAAGCGCACGGCGCACGAGCGAGCCAAGGAGCUCUACAGCUCUGGGGAGUUCUCAAGUGGCAGAAAAUGGGGAGAUGAUGCUCCCAAAGAAGAAAUCGAUACAGGUGCUGUGAACCUGAUUGAAUCAGGAGCUUGUGGAGCCUUUGUUCACGGUCUGGAAGAUGAAAUGUAUGAGGUGCGGAUUGCUGCAGUGGAGGCCCUCUGCAUGCUGGCUCAGUCCUCACCUUCUUUUGCGGAAAAAUGCCUGGAUUUUUUGGUGGACAUGUUUAAUGAUGAAAUUGAGGAGGUGAGGUUGCAGUCAAUACACACGAUGAGGAAAAUUUCCAACAAUAUCACGCUGCGGGAGGACCAGCUGGAUACUGUGUUAGCUGUUCUGGAGGAUUCUUCAAGGGACAUUCGAGAAGCUCUUCACGAGCUGUUGUGUUGCACCAACGUCUCAACUAAAGAAGGCAUCCAUCUUGCACUGGUGGAACUGCUGAAAAACCUAACCAAGUAUCCCACAGACAGAGAAUCCAUAUGGAAGUGUUUAAAGUUCCUGGGGAGCAGGCAUCCCACUCUGGUGCUCCCUCUGGUCCCGGAGCUGCUGAGCACGCACCCGUUCUUUGACACUCCAGAACCAGACAUGGAUGAUCCAGCUUACAUUGCUGUUCUGGUUCUGAUUUUCAAUGCUGCUAAAAGUUGCCCAACAAUGCCAGCGCUGUUUUCUGAUCACACGUUCAGACAUUACGCCUAUCUUCGUGACAGCCUCUCUCAUCUGGUCCCUCCACUACGACUGCCAGGUAGGAAGCUGGUCUCCUCCCCCAUCUCUCCCAGCAUUGCACCACAUGAGGACCCUUCCCAGCAGUUCUUGCACCAGAGCCUGGAGAGGGUGUACAACCUCCAGCACCUCGACCCGCAGGGCAUCCAGGAGCUGCUGGAGUUCACCAUUCGUGAUCUUCAGAGGCUUGGGGAGCUGCAGUCAGAGCUGGCAGGGAUGGCGGAUUUCACUGCGACGUACCUUCAGUGUCAGCUGCUCCUCACCAAGGCCUUGCAGGAGAAGCUGUGGAACGUGGCAGCUCCUUUGUACCUGAAACAGAAUGCGUUGGCAUCUGCUGCAGCAAAACAGAUCUUGGAAGAAACUUACAAAAUGGAGUUCAUGUACAGCGGUGUGGAAAGUAGACAAGUGGUCAUCAUCCACCACAUGAGACUGCAAGCAAAAGCUUUACAGCUCAUAGUGACUGCACGCACCACCAGAGGGGUGGAACCCCUUUUUGGGAUGUGUGAGAAAUUCCUUCAGGAAGUAGAUUCCUUUCAGAGAUGUUUCAUCUCUGAGCUCCCACAAAUGCAGGGCAGUUUUGUAGAUAAGCUGCUGGACUUAAUGCCCAGACUGGUGACAUCCAAGCCUUCAGAAGUGGUCAAGAUUCUUCAAACGACGCUGCGACAAAGUACCUUCCUCCACCUUCCUCUUCCAGAGCAGCUCCACAGAGCCAGUGCAAACAUCAUUGAGCCGACUGGUGAAUCAGACAAUCCUCUGAGGUUUACAUCAGGGUUAGUGGUGGCAUUGGAUGUGGAUGCAACGCUGGAACACGUGCAGGAUCCCCAAGGAACUGUUAAAGUUCAGGUAUUGUAUCCGGAUGGGCAAGCGCAGUUAAUCCAUCCUAAGCCAGCUGACUUCAGAAAUCCUGGUCCUGGAAGGCACAGACUGAUAACUCAGGUCUACCUCUCACACACAGCCUGGACAGAGCCGUGUCAGAUCGAAGUGCGGCUGCUGCUGGCCUACAAUUCCAACAGGAGCAAAGCAGCAGCCAAGAUUGCCAAAUCCACCUGGAACGAGAGCCCAGAGGCUCUGCCACAGCCAGAAAGUGGCAUCGAGGGGACGAUCCCCUUCAGCAAACCUGUCAAAGUGUACAUAAUGCCCAAACCUGCCAGGAGGUGAAGUCUGACACUACAAGAAACACCUUUGUGGGAUUGUUGGAUAAAACUGAAAACGAUAUUCUGUGUUCCAAGGUACUGAAACCAGACAUCAGCCAUAAAAGUAAAGCUGAUGAAUUGGGCUCCUCUGCUACACAGCAGGUGGGCCGAUAGAGGAGUUAUUCAGAUAAUUCAGGAUGGUUUCAAGAAAACACUGGGUUUUUUUCCUAUAUUGAAUCAACAAAGACAAUUCUCAGUCAGCAUUCCAGCAAUAACUGCAUUGGGCCAAAGUCUCUUCCCGGCCUCUGGGUUUUCUGCUGAAGCUAUUUAGAAUCAUAGAAUCAUAGAAUCACUAAGGUUGGAAAAGACCUAAAAGAUCACCCAGUCCAACCGUUCACCUAUUCCCAAUAGCUCCCAAUAUUUACUACGUAAAUGUUGAGGCACAUAAAUCCAGGCUUUUGUAAUUCUCAGAAACUUGUGCAUUGGUAUCAAUUUUUUUUUUUUUUAGCAAAAGCAAAAAUAAUUCUGAAGUGCUGUUGUCCUGGUGUAGGAAAUGAAUCUCCAAGUGGAACUGCCAGUCGCUGCAGGCUACAUCCUGAGAUGUGCCCUGUACAGCUGUGCUGGAGUUGGGACAACUGGGGGAGGGCAUGGGUUGUUCAUGCUGGGAGCUGGUGCAAGGAGCAGAACUUGGUGAGCAGGACACACAGCACUUCUAGCAGGCCUGGAGGAAAGCAAGAGGUUCUGGGGGAAGGAGGGCUAGUGGCUAAACAAAGAGCAAAGAAGUACUUUUCAGUCACACAGAGAUUAGUAUAAAUGGUUACGCAAAACUCAUUAUGUGCUUUCCUACAAUAAAAUUGGAAAACUGAUCCUAAUCUGUUUAUUACAAGAGUAAACAUGCCAGCCUGCAUGGUCGAAUAAGAGAUUACUGUGAGGCUUUUGUGAUACUUGUGACUUUUUUUUUUUUUUAGGACUGACAGUUUUAUGGCUAUGAGGCUUCAGAUCCAAACAUUUGGCUGCUUUAAGUAUUCUAACAUCAAAUAGCAGUAAAAUGAAGAAACCCUCUUACAAACUGUUUGUGUUUCACCUUUAGGGCACUGGCUUGAAAAGCUGCAUGUGUAGCAGCUCAGUUGUUACCACUGGACUUCAGCAUCCUCAGUUCAUUUCUCUGUGGGCAGGGAUUGAUGCAUGUUAUUAGAAACUGUACUGCUACACAUUUCCAGUCUUGUGAUGAGAGCAUCCCAUAGCUGGCUUCUGUGCUGGAUACCAUCCUGGAGCUUCCUCUGACUCCUAACUUGAAGUGUGGAAGAAAUUGGAGCUUCUCCUCUUCAUCAUAGCUUUCCCCCAUUCAGGCAGGUGUCUGAUUCAUCACUUUAGCUGAACUGUGUCCAGUAACGCUCUGUGAUGACUGGAACAUUCAGUACCAUAUGUGUUUUUCUUUAUUGUGAUCUUCCCAAAAUUCAUUUGCCUUUGAUUUCCCUGCUGCUUCGAUAAUCAGACUCAUACACAUCCAGUCUAUAAAAGGUUUUGUUAGAGCUUCUAUCUCAGUACUGACUUUUUCCUCCUUCCUUCCUCCAGCUCUGAGAGGUGCAGGUGUGGCACUGAGGGAUGUGGUCAGUGGGCACAGCAGUCAGGUGCUGAUGGGACUUCAUCUGAGAGGUCAUCUCCAACCUCAGGGAUGUUUUCUGAUUCCGUUCAGGCUUUUCUGCUGAACACUGUUGUAAGGGGUGUGGGUUAGUGGUUUACAAAUGUGUUGCUAUGCUUACCUUUACCUUAAUUAAACGUGGCCUAGCUUUAUUUGCCUUUAAUGGGAGCUUCAUAACCAGAGCCACUUAAGUUCACUGGAAUUACUGAGGUCAAUUCCUUAGAACUUGGAAAGUAAAUAAUGCAGUUAUCAAGAAUGCUGAAUACAUCUAUGCAUUAAGAACAGAGUUGAUGGUUCAGGUACUAACUCAGAUGCAGCGUGGCUUCCAAAGAACCAUACUUUCAUCUAUCUUAGUUACAUGCUUUUAAAACUGCACGCUGCAAAGAGUGCAAAAAAAGACAUCCCAUCCCCCCCAAAGAAGGAAGAAUGGGACACGCAUUGAAAUGCAGCCACGUGGCCUCUUCUUGGGCUCCAGAGCAUGGGGAUGGCUUUCCUCCGGUCUCCUCUUUGGCUGAGUUCUCAAAUCAAUUGAAAAAAUCAGAGAUACAAUCACUGUUCUUAUCUCACGUCACUCGUGUUUGUUUAGUCCUUGCAGCAGGCGCUAGGCUGGGGUGCAGGCUGGGGUUAGCCUGCAGUUAGCCUGCAGUUCACUCAUGCUCUGUUACUGAAGGCUCACACACAAGUCUGAAGGCCCAUAAAUGCUGCCUGCCAUCCCUUAAAAAUGCUGCUCGUGAUGCGUUCGGUUUGUUGGAGCCUUUUUACGGCCUGUGUCUCCCUGUUGCCAGCUCAGGCGUGCUGCUCCUCACAGAUAAGGGCUGCGGAUGGAGGCUCAGCAGUGCAACAGCUGGGUGGAAGCUCACUGGCUGCCAGCCCAGCCCUGUUCUGUGUAAUGAGGGUGCCGGGGUGGGAGAUCGCUUUCCUGGGGGAAGCAUAGAAGCAAUGGAGAAGCCCUGCCCUACAAAGAAAGAUUUGGGCAAUGAGAUUGUAGUUCUAACAAAUUAUUGAUGGCUUUAGCUGAAAGCAGGGGCUUAAUAGAGCAUUUUGAGCUCGGGUUGAAUUUUGAUGAAUCAGUCCCAGCUGUUUACACUUUGCAUCGAGGAGGAAGGAGGGCUUUGGGUAAGCGGAGCAGCCCAAGCUGGGCUGACUUCUGUGGCAACAGACAAAGCUGCUGUGGCAACAAACUGACUCAGGCAGCAGUGACAGAAGGUAAAGAUGGAGAAGACCUGCAGUGGGUUUUCUCCUUGAAAUUCUGUACAGACAGGAGCGAGGCUUCGCAAUUUACUCUGAAAUAGGGAAACCAAGACCUAGCAGUAACCUUCCUCUGCAGGCUGCAGCACCCCGCUUUAGAAGUGGAAUCUUCUGUCUGCUACUGGUUGCCAAAUGAAGGGAACAGUGAAGAGGCUGCAGCACAAAGCUGGGCAGGGCACACCUCUAAAAUCACCUGGCAGUGCAGAGCAGGCUGUGCUCCUGCUCUCUGGAAGGACACAGUGUGUAGCAGCAGUAUAGGAGCC